AUAUCCAUGAAGUGGGUGGUAGAUGUUGAGAACACAAGUUGGAUCCAACUAAACCCUCCAGUUUCGCAACAUUCAUGAACGUGAAUAGAAGAUUUCUUUUCGAAAAAAAAAAGAAAAAAAAAAAAAAAAUACACAUAAAAUCAUUACAACAAUUAACAACAACAAAACCAUGUAGUUCAUACAAUUGUUUAUCAAAAAAUUAAAAAAAAAAAAGCCAACAAAUAUACUGUGUUGAAAACACAAUAAUAAAAAUAAUAAUAAAUUGUGAAAAAAAAAAAUAAAUAAAUAAACGCACAUACAGACAAGUGAUAAAUAAAAAAACGUGAUUUUUUUUUUUUUGUUUUUUUUACUUGUUAAAUUUUUUAUAUGAUUGUGUUGAAUAAUUAUUAUUAUUAAUAAAUAUAAUUUUAAUGUUAAAAAAAUGAAAAUAAUUAUUAAUAAUUUUUGUUUUUUUGUGAUUUUUUUAUUUAUUCAUUUGACAAUAUGCUUGGCAACAAAAGAUGAUAAAUCAGCACAAAGUGAAUGUACAUUGAAAAAUCUUCAUCCCAUGAUCAUAAUUACAUACAAUAAUAUCACAAUAGUAAAAACAGAUAACAUAACAAUUCAACAUGGUGAACGAGUUACGAUGAGAUGUCGUGAAUUAGGCAGAUAUAAACUUGUUGGUGAUAAUAUUUUACAAUGUCAAAAUGGUUUAUGGAAAGGUACAACACCUUCAUGCACACCAACAACAUCAAUUUCAAAUUAUACCGAAAAUGUACCACCGACAAUAUUGUUUGGUUUGCCAAGAGGAUCAGCAGCAAUUGCACCAUCAGGUGCACUUGCUAUAUUUCCAGGUAGUAUUUUACAUCUAGAGUGUCUUUUUUCAAGACAUUUGGGUAAUCCAGAAUGGACAUGGACAUCAACAUUUCGUCAACAUUUAACAGGAUGGGCGAUAUCACCAUCGGAAAAAGACUGGAAAUAUCGUCUGUCAAUAUAUUACAUAAAAAAUCAAGAUUCUGGAGUUUAUACUUGUUCAACUCCCAAAGGAUUUACAAAUUCAAUACGAAUUCACGUUGCCGACAUUCAUUGUCCUUCGUUAAGUCGAUUACCACAACCAAUGACAUCUAAAAUUCAAGGCACAAGAUUAGGACAAAAAGCUGAAUUUAAAUGUCCCGAUAAUUACCGACUUAAUGGUUCAAAUGUAUUAACAUGUCAAUACAAUGGAAAAUGGUCAAAUAAAAUACCACGUUGUGAAUUAAUACAGUGUCCUCCAAUUAAUGAAAUAAAUUAUAUAAAUCCAAAGUUAAUAAUGUUACAACAUAAUAAUAGUGUUAAUGGUAUGGCAAUAUUUACUUGUUUAUGGGGUAAUAAUAUUGUUGGUUCAUCAAUAAUAACAUGUGAUGAAAAUGGUCAUUGGAAUACAACAAUACCAACAUGUUCACAAAUAACUUGUCCAUUACCAAAUUCACCAAAAAAUGGUAUUAUUGAAAUUGAAAAAAUUGCUGGUAAAAAACGUAACAAUAGAAUAAGAAAAGUUGGAUCAUUAUUAAAAUUUUCAUGUUUACCUGGACAUAAAAUGAUAGGUGAAGGUUCAAUAAUAUGUACAGAAAAUGGUACAUGGUCACAUGAACCACCAAUAUGUGAAGUUAUGUGUCCUUAUCCUGGUGAUCCACCACAUGGUAUAAUAUCACCAUUAAAAUUUUGGUACAAACCAGGUGAUACAAUACAAGUAACGUGCUCACCAGGCUUUGUUACACCACUUGAAGUUAAAAAACCAACAUGUAGAGAUAAUGGUAUAUGGAGUGGACCACCACCACCUUGCAGAUCUUGGAGUGAUGUUUAAAUAAAUUAAUAAAACAAAUAUAUAUAUAUAUAUAAAAUUAAAUUUAACACAAGAAAUAAUUAAAUAAUUGAUCAUCGAUUUUUCAACGAAAAUUAAAAUAAGUUAUAUAAAAAUAAUAUUAUAUACAUAAAAAAAACAAAAUAUAACAUUACAAUAAUAAUGUAAUUAAAAAAUAGAAUGUUUUUUUUUAUUUCAUGAAAAAUAAAAGAAAAACAAAAUAUUUAACAAAAAAAAGCAA